UAAAUCGCUCGUACGCUCAUACACUCUCACUCGCUCAUACAUUGCACACAUACGAGUAACAGAAGCCCCUUGCGGUCCUUGAUCGCUGAGCGUCGCACGUCUACCUUUUCGUUGUAAAGGGAAUAAAGAAGUUUAGUAGACGCCACGACGACGAGAGCGUUUCGUCAGUUCGUUGAGAGCCCGGAAGUUUAUUUGUGAAACAAACAAAGCCGCAAACAUUCCGCGCAAAAGCAACAUGAAGAAGAAGGACGUGUCGGAGGAAGAGUUCUCCGCCGACGAUCCCGACGAUCCCGAAGAAGACGGCAAUUCCGGUGACGACUGGACGCCCGGCCAAGAGACUGGAGGCGGAGUAAAGAAGAGACCAAGAAGAGCAUCAGCCAAAAAACGACACCACUCGGAAGAAGAGGAAGAGGAGGAAGAUGACGAGGAAGAAGAAGAGGAGGAAGAGGAAGAUGAAGAAUCUGAUUCUGAUUCCGGUAGAAAGACAAAAAGAAAGCGACGAACCAGAAAAGAAGAGGAGGAAGAGGAUGAAGAAGAAGAAGAUUCAGAUGAUAAUAAUUUCAAUGAUACAUCUGGAAUUCCACCAAAGGACUUUACUUCGGGAGCUUUUGUUGUCGCAAAAGCCGAUGUUAAUGGAGACAAGGAUCCGACGUUAUGGAGGAUAGAUGGAAAAGCAUUACUUCAAAAGUACUUACCAUUUGUUGAGAAUGGCAAGACUCUAUACAAAAGCACCUCUACAUAUUCUGGAUGGUCGGUUAACAACAAAGAUAAAUACUUUGCAGCACAAGUAACAUUUAAAGUGCAAAGUAGGCAAGAAACAAUCGUAGAACUUCAUCUUGAUCCUGAACAGCAGCAACAAGCAGCAGUAAAGGAUGAAAAAGAAGAAUAAGUGUAGCAUCUUACGUUAUCUUUAUAUCUUUUAAGAUCAACCACUGACAAAGCCAAACACGUAAGCGUGAGUUAAAUAAUGUACGAAUGUGGAACAAUAAGAUAUGCAUUUUUGAAUAUAUAAACGUCACUGAAUUAAAAAUUGUUUCUAAUACAAUUUAUAACGUAA